AUGUACGCGCAACAUGUGCAGUUCUUAGCUGCCCGUGUAUUAACCGCAACAGUAUGCCAGAGUAUACAAAAAAACUCCUCAACCCUCAAAACACCUCCUCCCUCUGCUGCAGUCUCUCUCUGUCUCUCUCUCGUUUUGGGUGAAGAAGAAGAACUCUCCCUCUCUCUCGUUUCGGGGGCGAAGAAGAAGAAGAGAAGUGCCAUCCAAUCUGCUGGAUUGGACACAAGGGCUGAGAAAUUCGAUCAUUCAUCAGAUGAGCACUUCCCAACUUUGGGAAUUUCUUUCGGACGCGGAUUUCCUGCGACGCCCGACCCCAGGAACUUCUGCGUUUGGAAGCUAGAUGAAAUGGAAUCAGAAAGAAGCAAUUUCAAUGACUUUUCUCUGUCAAUUUCUCUACCGAAAAGAGCUCCCUUCCAUCCGUUUCCAUCUCUCUCCUUCAAUCAGUUGAGGAAAAGAAAAAAAAUAAGCUGUUGGAUUGGAUGGCUGGGAUUGUUCUAUGGAGGAGAUCCUUUUGUCCAUUGUCCAUUGAUCCUUGAUGGCAGGGCAUGUAUGCAAACUAUCUGGAAUGCUUGAAAUGAUCUUCCCCCCAGAUCAAAAUGCAGUUGAGCUGGGUCAUGCAUUGUUCAGUUCCUCAA